GCUUAAACAAAAACUGAUUCUGCAGAAUUUUAACCUUCUGAGUUCGUUAACAAUGGUGGAGGAAGCUGUAAUGAUCUGUAUUGAUAAUUCUGAAUGGAUGCGUAACGGUGAUUACUCUCGCAACCGGUUUGAUGCACAAUAUUCGGCUUUUACUUCGAUUUGUGGUUUUAAACACCUGGCAAACCCUGAGAGUACAGUCGGAGCAUUAACCAUGGCUGGCAAAGGAGUUCGUGUAUUAAUCACUCCAACCAGUGACUUUGGAGAAAUGUUAUCUUGCAUUAACGGAUUAAAUAUCGGUGGUGAGAUGAAUUUGGCUGCUGGACUCCAGGUGGCACAGUUGGCUCUGAAGCAUCGGCAAAGCAAAAAGCAGCAUCAGAGGAUCAUUCUUUUUGCUGGCAGCCCUGUUAAAGAAGACAAGAGGGUCUUGGAGAUGAUUGGAAGAAAGUUGAAUAAGCAUAGAGUAGCUCUUGAUGUUAUUAAUUUUGGUCAAGAAGAUAACAGGAAGGCAGAGAAGCUGGAGGCAUUAGUUGCUGCAGUUAACAACAAUGAUAACAGUCACAUCAUUUAUAUUCCUCCUGGGGCUCUGAAUCUUUCUGAUGUGCUAGGGAGGAAUCCUAUCUUUACUAGAGAUGUUGACUCUAGAAAGAGAUUUGCUGCGGUUGCUUCUGGUGCAGGGUCUGGCUAUGAUUUUGGUGUUGAUCCUAACUUGGAUCCUGAGAUUGCUCUGGCACUUCGAGUUUCAAUGGAGGAGGAAAGGGAUAGACAAGCAGCAGCAGCAAAGAAGGCUGCAAAACAAGAAAAAGGAGAAAUGCAGUCAACUUCCCAAGACGUUACAAUGACUGAAAAUGUCAGUUCCCGAAAGUCUGAAAUUAAAAACAAGGCAGCUGAUCUACUGGAUAAUGAUCUUUCCCUGUUACAACAAGCACUUGCAAUGUCGAGGGAUGAUUCUUCCUCCAACACUGCUACAAGAGACACAGACAUGUCAGAAGCAGAUUUUGAAGAUCGGGAGUUGCUACUAGAUCUUGUUUUAUUCAUACAGGACAAUUCAAAAGAUGAGACAAAUGUCGCUGAAUUGUUGGCAAACCAAUCACUCGUGUCAUCAAUUCUUGCUUUAAUUCCAGGUGUUGAUCCGAAUGACCCUUCAAUUGAAGUUUUACUUGCUUCUAUGCAAAGUCAGUCUGAGAAUGACGAGAACAAGGAACAACGAGAGGACAAGGAACAGAAAGAAGACAAGAAGUGAUGAGAAUGCCCAAAUCUUAGUGUUCUCAUAAUUGUGCUUAUAUCAAAGGGAUGUGAAUUUUUUUUUUUUUGUAGACCAACAAGUUCAGUUGGUAGUCAAGAAAUGAUGCAGAUUGAUGAAAUUUGAUUCUGGGGGUGGGGUUUAUAGUGCUUUUUGUUGUGAAAAAAGGAAUUAAACUAGUGCUAGUUACCCUUGACCUUGCUUCUCAUUGUGAUACAUAGUGUACUUAGAAAAUG